CACUCAACCAAUACGAUGUCUGGAAGAGGCAAAGGCGGGAAAGGACUCGGGAAGGGAGGCGCAAAGCGUCACCGUAAAGUUCUCCGCGAUAACAUCCAGGGAAUCACCAAGCCCGCUAUUCGCCGUCUGGCGCGCCGUGGCGGAGUAAAGCGUAUUUCUGGCCUGAUCUACGAGGAGACUCGCGGUGUACUUAAGGUGUUUCUGGAGAACGUCAUCCGCGAUGCUGUCACCUACACCGAGCAUGCUAAGAGAAAGACCGUCACCGCCAUGGAUGUGGUGUACGCUCUAAAACGCCAGGGACGCACCCUGUACGGCUUCGGCGGUUAAACGCUCCAACAGCUAACAACGCAACGGCUCUUUUAAGAGCCACC